CGCCUUAAACAGUCAUAACUUCUCAAUUUUGGGAGAUCAGAAAGCUACAUGGUCACCCAAAAUAUUUUGGAAUAGGGAGUUUAUCAAGACUUCUAUAGCUGCGUUCCGCAAUUCACUAUUAGUAUUGAAAAUCGACAGUUUACAUCACGUACACUAUAGAUUUUCAGUAGUGGCAGUGAAUUACGGAACACAGCCUAUAUAUUACAUAUCUAGAGGCCUAUUACGAUUUUCGAAACAAAGUAAAAAACACAAAAGUGAGGAAAUUCACUAGAAUCUACAAUUUCAUUUGUUGAAAUCUAGUAAAUCUGUUCACUUUUAUAAUUUUCACCUCGUUUCAAGAACCGUAAUAACUCCCCUGGAUUGUGUAAUAAAUAGAAGUCUGUGGUUACCGCACAGUCGUAUCGAGGAUUUUGGUACGAUUUAUGAUAGAUAAAAAUAGGCUUUUUGAAACACAUUCCUGAAUAUAUGCAUAUUCAAUAUGCGCAUGCGCAAAAAAAAGCGUCUCUGAAAUCAGCAUCGCACGCGCACGCCGCAUGUACGAUUUGGCGGCAACUGCCGACAACGCAAUCCCAAUACAGAAAAAAUAUUGUAAUCAAUUGUGUGUUUCUUAAUUGUUUAAAAUAAAUUAAUUCGUAAAUAUGGGUAUUACUGGUUUACUACCAUUCUUAGAAAAGUCUUCUAAAAGAACGAAUGUUAGAGAAUUUACCGGUAAUGCUGUUGCAAUCGAUUCUUAUUGUUGGUUACACAAAGGUGUAUUUUCUUGUGCUGAGAAAUUAAUGAUGGGACAGACAACAAAUGCGUAUGUUUUGUAUUGUAUGAAGUAUAUAGACAUGCUUUUAAAGUAUAAAAUAAAACCAAUCUUGGUAUUUGAUGGUCGACGAUUGCCUGCUAAGGAACAUACGGAAAUUAAAAGACGACAAAAUAGACAAAUAAAUCGUCAAAAAGCAAUCGAGUUAAUACAAAUGGGUCAAGUCGCAGAGGGAAAAAACUUGUUGAAACGAGCUAUAGAUAUUACUCAUGAAAUAGCAUUAGAAUUAAUUAAACAUUGCCAGAAGGAGAAUAUUGAUUGCAUUGUGGCUCCUUAUGAAGCUGAUGCACAAUUAGCUUAUUUAAAUAUUAGUGGUAUAGCUGAUGUUGUUAUCACAGAGGAUAGUGACCUGACAUUAUUUGGAUGUAAGAAAAUAUUUUUCAAAAUGGAUUUUAAUGGAAAUGGCAUUUUGAUUGAGCAAGACCGCUUACAUUUAGCGAUGAAUAUACGACCUGAGGAGUUUAAUAUGGAUAAAUUUCGUUACACUUGUAUUUUAUCUGGUUGCGACUAUCUCCCUUCACUUCCUGGUAUCGGAUUGGCAAAAGCGCGAAAAUUUAUCGCGAGAAAUACAGAUCAUAAUAUACAUAGAGCGUUGACGCGUAUAGGAUCAGUGCUCAACAUGAAAUCGCUGGUUGUGACACAGGAAUAUAGAGAUGCAUUUAUAUUGGCAGAUAUAACAUUCAAACAUCAAUUAGUAUUCUGUCCAUUACAAAGGAAGCAAAUACGAUUAAAUCCACCUACAGAUGACAUUACCGAAGAUCAAUUACAAUAUGCUGGUAAAAAAUUAGAUGCAGACCUUGCUUUGCAAUUAGCUCUCGGCAAUUGCGAUCCAUCCACUUUAAAAAUAGUUCACGAUUUUAAUCCAGAUAAAAUAGAACGUAAAAGAAAGCGAGACACAGAAGCAGAACAAACAUUGACGAUUCACAUUAGCAUUUGGUCAAGCAAAUAUAAGUUAAAAACAGAAAAGAAUGUCUUAUUUUCUAAAAAUGCAGUAAAUUCAUCGAUUAUUGCUAAAAAAGAGCUGGCUCUACAAAGAAAUUUUUUAAAUAAUGAACACACUUCAACAGAAUUUCAUAAUAGUCAGAUUGUGCCAUGUAAUAGGCUUUUAGAAUGUCAAGAUUCAAACGAAAAUGCUAUUUUGAAUAUGUAUAAUUCUAGUCAAGAUGUUAACCUAAUUUCCAGUCCUAAAAAGAAAGCAGAAGAAUAUUUAUGCUUUGCAGAAAAUAAUACGUCACCAGAAUUAUUUAAAUCCAAAAAUCCAUUUGUUAAACGAGUAUCUGAUCUCACAACUUCGCCGAGUAUUUUGUCCGACGGAAAUUGUCGAAGAAAAGGAAAAAAUUUAAUGCGUAUAAGGCGGACUAUCAUAGACGAAAAUAUUAUAGUAGAAAGCAAAUAUUUCUCUAAACAAAUUAACGAAAAUAUAUAUGAAUUGGAAAAUAAGAGAAUUGAUGUAGAUUUGAAAAAUAUGGAAUGUAAUAUAAUUCCAGAAACAAGUGACAGUAUAUAUAAUACUAGAGCUAAUACUCAACCACUAGAUCACAAAUUAGAAACAUUAUCUAUAGCAGUCCACCCAGAAACUGCAAAUUCGAUAAAAGAUAUCAGUGAUACACUCUUAUCAGAUCAAAAUGAAUAUUUGACUAAUACUUGUGAAGAUGUUUCUGAAAAAUCGUAUUUUAACAAUUUAACUGAAAAUUCACAUUGUACAACAAUUGCUAAAGAUUAUGGUUUAGAUAAAUUUUCAUUAUCGAGUUCUAAUAUAGAAGCUGCUAAUAAUUCAAUUAAUUAUGGAAAUACAAACAAUUUGCAAGAUAAUUUAUCCGAAUGCUCAAAUAUUAAAGAUUCUCAAGUCUCUUCGCAGAAGAAAGAAAUUUUUAAAAAACGAAGUUCAGUGAAUCUGGUACCACGAGUUAAUUCAAUAACGAAAAAAAAACAAUUGCGUCAAAACAAACAAUUAUCAGUUCCAAAACAACAAAGUUUAUUGAGUAUGUUUGGAUUCCAAAAAAGAUAAAGUAAAUAUAAAUAAUUUUUUUUCCAUGUAUUAUAUAAAUAGUUCCUAUAUUGAAAGAUGGAAUACGAUAUUUGUAAUUUUCUUUGCAUAAAGAUUUAUGAAUUCUAACUUAAACAAUAUUAAACAGUUUAUAUUUACCACUUUAAGAAAGUCUGGGGGUUUUAUCAAUAUUUUUGUAAGUAUCAAAAUGUUAUAUUCUUUGAAUGUCUUAAAAUAUUGUAAAUAGGAUUAGACUAUAAUUAAAGAGGUGUAAUUGCUGAUAUGUCAUUAAUAUAAACACAUAAGCAGCAUUUAUUUAAAGUAGAUUUGAAUUACGUGUAAAUCAAUAUUAUGAAUCAUACUCUCAGAAAAAUGCAAAUUUUUGCUGCAUUGCAGCUGCACUGCCAUAUACAAUACUAUUAAUUAAAUAUAACAUAAGUAUAUCUCUGUGAGAGAUGUUUUAGUACUUUAUCUCUCUUACUUUAUAUUAGGAUUCUUUUGGAAUGGUCUGUGAUAAAAUUUUUUUAGAAAGAUUCUUAAAUAUCAGUAUAUCAUGUGACUCAUGAGGUAAAAUUAUCCUCUUAGAAUUUAUAUUAGAUAUGUAUAUUAUAUAUGACUGUGAGAAAAAGAUUUAACUUCUAUAUGUAAUUAAAUGAAUAUAAAUAUGAAAUUGAUAUAAAAAUAAUUUGAUUAUAAAAUUGAAUAUGGUUUACUAAGAAUUAUAAUUCUAUGUAUAGGGAAAAUUAUCUUUGUGAUCUAAAUUGUUGUAUUCAGAAAAUAUUUUAGAGUUUCUUUUUAGAGUUUAAUUGCAAAAUUUCAAAUUAUAUACUCAAUUAGUUAUGUAUUCGAUUAAAAUACUUAUUAAAAAUAUUUGACGGUAACUUCAAAUAUCCUUCUAAAAUUGUAAA